CCGGUCGGCACUGCUUCCGGUUUGUAGAGCGGUGGGCACAGAGAGCAAAAGGGGGUCGUCCGCGGUCGCCGUCGCUUCUUAACCAUGGGGAAAUCCGAUUUCCUCACCCCCAAGGCCAUCGCCAACCGGAUCAAAUCCAAGGGGCUCCAGAAGCUGCGGUGGUAUUGCCAGAUGUGCCAGAAGCAGUGCCGGGAUGAGGUGAGUGUGCAGCGCCGGCUGCGCUGCCGCUGGCUUGUUUUUACUGCGCGAUCCUCGCCCGGGGGGACCUUCAGCACCCUGGGGUUCGAGUCCCGACGCCGCGGGGCCGGUUUAGGCACUAAGAGAGUCCACAACAACAUUGUAUAUAACGAGUAUAUCAGUCAUCGAGAGCAUAUCCAUAUGAAUGCUACCCAGUGGGAAACUCUAACUGAUUUUACCAAGUGGUUAGGCAGAGAAGGUUUAUGCAAAGUGGAUGAGACACCCAAAGGUUGGUAUAUUCAAUACAUUGAUAGAGACCCAGAAACUAUCCGUCGACAACAAGAACAGGAGAAAAAAAAGAAGCAGGACCUUGAUGAUGAGGAAAAAACAGCCAAGUUUAUUGAAGAACAAGUAAGAAGAUGGUUUAGAUGGAAAAGAACAGAAUGUCCAGUUUUCACUGAAUUAAGCAGGGAAAAUGAUGAAGAGAAAGUUGCAUUCAAUUUGAAUAAAGGAGCAAGUACUUCAGGAGCUUCUUCCAAACCAAGUUCCCUGGGUCCUAGUGCAUUGAAAAUGGUGGGAACUUCAUCAGCGAAAAGGAAAGAAUCAUUUCAGAGCUCAUCUCAGUCAAAAGAAAAGAAGAAGAAGAAAUCUGCACUUGAUGAGAUCAUGGAGCUUGAAGAACAAAAGAAAAAAAGUGCUCGAACAGAUUAUUGGCUACACCCUGAAAUUAUUGUGAAAAUUAUAACAAAAAAACUUGGAGAGAAAUAUCAUAAGAAAAAGGGAGUUGUCCAGGUAAUAAAUGACAAAUACACAGCAGUGGUAAAGAUGAUCGAUUCUGGAGACAAACUAAAACUUGAUCAGACUCAUUUAGAGACAGUAAUACCAGCACCAGGGCCCUUUAAAGGGACGAAAGAGUUGAGAGGUAUUCAGUAUGAGGAUAUCUUAAAACUUGCCUGA